UUAAGUCUUUUACUUAACUUCUGGUGUGCAUCAUCGUGAGCGUCGGCGCUGACGUUGACCCAAUUACCUCGUGAACGUGCAACUGAGCCAACGUUCUGAAAAUAUUUCACAUCCAACUAAAUAUUUUACGGUUUAAAAGAAAACAAAGAAAAGUUUAUAGUGACUUAAGUGUUUUAGUGACUUCCAAUAGUGAAGUGAGGAUUAUUGUGUACAGUGUAUCACACACACAACAUUUGGAUUAUAUUUUUAUUAUCAGGAUUGGAUAAUUACAAAUACAAUUGGAAUUUGAAAAUCGCCGUGCAGGUUCAAUGCUAACAUCUCUUCGGCGCGAUGCGAUGUGAUUGACCUCCAAUCGAGAAAUGGCAGCCAUCGCGACCGUGCGUCGAUCGCCGAUCGCCGGCGUCUUCUUCGCGUGCAUAUUUGCCACGCUCAUUAACGCCAACCUAGGUCUUGAAGAUUUGUAUUCAAAUUCGUACAUUUCGCCAAACUCGGCAAAGAAUGCCCCACACAUAACACCAAAUCAAGUAGAAUCAACUGUUAUUUCUGAGCAAGUGGAUGAUGAUCAUUCAAGGGUUGUACGUUCAGCUAAUCCCAUCCUGGUUAAGUCCUAUGAUGACCUGAACCAUUUUAAGAAUCUUGCUGAAAAUAUUGAUACCAAUGAUGUGGAGCAGUCUGGAAGGGUUGGUAAAUUGAUUCAUCCUUCAAGGACAACGAAGCAUGAUGGGUUGAGUUUCACGCAGACGCUGAUCGACGAAGGCAAGUUGUCGGGGGAAGGCUCUGGGGCUCCACAGGCGAGGCAACUGUUGGAGCCCCACAGCGAUCAGACUGCGACGACGGAAGCGACGAAGGUGUCUGCUACCGUCUUCAAGCAAGCACCGGCGGACCGACCGCGACAGUCCAACCCUGACAUUCAGGACAUCAUCACUGGAAUCGUCAAGCUUCUCAAUGGCAAUGUUAAUGUACAAGCCAACACUGCGCCGUCGGUGGGUGGUAGACCAUUGAGACCAUUGAGUACUAGGAUUAACAAUCGAGGUCCACCGAGGAUUACAGAUGUGCCAGCUUUACCUCCAGACUUUGAUGUUCCCUCGCCUCCAUUACCACCUCCACCGACUAAUCAGAAACCACCACCUGUUACAAUUGGGCCAAUGAGGAUGCCAACACCGUAUCCGUUUGAUUUACCACCGCCGGUAAACCAGAAUACGUCCCCUGCAAGACCUAUAAAUCACAAUGGUCCAAAUGGUCCUAAUCAAAAUCAGAAUACAAAAAGACCGGGAUUAUAUAGACCUGUAACUAUUCCACCAUGGAGUCGUCCACCUUAUAGGAGACCUUUCCCACCUAGACGACCCACACCUAUUCCUCCGUACCAACCUAAACCGGAAGAGACCAUCAGUUUAACCAGUGAACGACCUGGGGAAGAUAUUCUCACUUUAGACUUAGGAUCAGAAAUGAUUUCUUCGUUUGAAGAGCACAAAGAUUCUAAUGUGGGUAUAACCACACCAAUGCCAACUGCUAGUGAACCUAGUGAACCCAAUGAACCUUUAGAGGAUAACUCCGAGAAAGAGUUUGAGAAAAACAAGGAGAAAUCAUCUUCCAAAAUGGAAAAACAUAGUAAAACACAUUCCACUGAUCAAACUACGACAGAGACAAUCACAGAAUCUGAAUCAACUCUUGUGGAAGACAAACCCUCUACAACCAAUGAAGUGGAACCGUCUAGUGUACACACCAAUGAGGUUUACUUAACUGAGACUUCAUUAAAUCUAUCAAAUUCAUCUACAAUUGAAGAAAUCUCAAAUAAAAUCGAAAACGAAACAAUCCUUCUUCCAUCAUUGGUAGAAUCUUCGAUUGAAGAUGUCUCUUCAAAGGUUUCUACCACCAGUGAACCCACGGAAGCGCUGCCUACCAGUUAUGCUUCCAUUAUGAGUUCCACAGCUAGUCCUGUAACAUCUACACAGAGUGUGGCAGAAAGACUGAAUAUGACAAGCACUUCUCAACCAAAGACCGAGAAUAGCACAGGUCAAGUAGAUAACCAGCAGAGUUUUCCCUAUUACCCUUAUCGCCCACGACCUGGAAUUGUUCUGGAUGAUACUGAAUACAAACCAGGUGGAGUAAAUCGUCCUCCAAUUUUAACUGCCCGACCCCCGAUUGGUCAAAUUGGAGAGAUAUUUGAUGUUACCGUUAGCGCAAUCCAAGGUCCAGGAGGUAGUGGUGGGCAUGGAGGACAUGGAAAACCAUACGUCAUUCCAGUGGACAUAGAAAAUAUUCACGGUUCCAGACCACAUGGGGGUCAUCAUGGUUUAGGAGAUGUCAUCACAUCACCCGUAGGCGAUGAAGGAUUUGUAUCUAUUGAUGGCAAAAGAACAUAUUUGAAUCUAUUUGGAGAUCAGACUGAUCCUCCAGUUGAUGUACCCGCUGGUUCUUCCUUGAUUUCCCCAACCCCGACGAAGUCUCAUGUUAUUAAAGCAACAGGGUAUGCUGAGGUAGAAAAGACGAAAGUAGAAAACCCAGUUGGGUCCAAUGGAGGUCCGAAUGGUUUGAAACCUACACCAAGGAGACCCCUGUAUGGAAAACGACCCGUUCAACCACCAGUCAGGAUUGAUACCUGUAUAGUAGGAGAUGACUCCACCUGUGAUGCUUCCCAAUACGAAUACUGUAUGACCGAAGCAGGUGUGAGUUCCUGUCACUGUCGGCCAGGUCAUGCAAGGCGCAAACACCGCGAGCCAUGUCGAAAGGUUGUCUCCCUAUUGAUAUCAUUAAGGGUUGACCGCCUGUAUGACAGAAGAGUCGCGUGGUCCCACGAGUUGGCAAACAAGGGCGCAGAGGUGUACCAACAGUUGUCCUAUGAAGCUGAACGAGCGUUGGAUUCUGCAAUGUCAAUGACACCCUUCAGUGACGAAUUUCUUGGUGCACGUGUAAACAAUGUUUAUGAAGGAGACAGAUCCCAGGGACAAGCGGGUGUCUUCGUGAAUCUGACACUUCAAAUCGAAGAAAACUCCGAGACUGCACGUCAAAACGUCAAAGGAGAUAUUCAGAGACACCUUCUAGGGGUAAUACAAAGAAGAAGCAAUAACAUUGGGAACAGUGCCCUUUGGGUAGACAGUCCUCCCGGAUCAGUUUCAAUGUUACAAGAUGUCGAUGAAUGCUCAGCAGUCGAAUUAAACGACUGCCAUCAAUGGGCAAAAUGUGUCAAUACCUUCGGUGGGUUUAAAUGCAUCUGCAACGAAGGCUACCGAGACCUAUGGUCAGAUAACAAACACCGAGCUGGUAGACAAUGUGAACAAUGCUCACCAGCUCACUGCAACAAUCGAGGAGAAUGCAAAUACGAAAAUGGGCAAGAGGUUUGCGUAUGCUCUGGAAAUUACUAUGGAGCUCAAUGUGAACUUGAUGGUGAGGUGCUGGGAGUCGCCAUUGGUGCCAGCGUUGCUGCUGUAAUCAUCAUCGGGUUGACUUUGGUGUGUCUAGUCAUGUGGAGUCGUCGUUGGAAUCGUGAGCAGAAAGCAGCAAUGGGCAGCCCCGUCUUUGGGUACAUGGCAACCGCAAGCAAUUCAGUAAAAACCCCCGUGGUAGGUGGUCCACCAUACCAGCUGACUCUAGAAGACCGUCUAAGAUGGGCCCAGAUCGCCGACGCCAUGGCCCAGACAAAUCACUACGCUCCUGAACCAGUCCACACAACAACACGCCCCUCAUCAGCCAUGUUUGGCUACCCUAGUUUAUCACUAGCAGGAACACUCCCACAUGGUAACCUCCACGGGACCUUACCACCCAUCCCCUUACCACGUCUUACUAUACCAACAUCCCUCGCGGGAAGAGCCGCCAGUGUCCAUGGCAUGCGCCCACUGGACAACUCCAGCUCCAGUGAGGAGGAGGACAAGGCCGACCUCCUCGGUAGGAAUUUCCACGUGCCACGUCCGAAGAGUCGCAGCAAUGCCUCCAUAGCCAAUCAGAGCGGAAUCUACUACGACGUCGAUUACGAUCAGAACGAUAUCUACAAACACCCCUCGGGCAACAUACCGAUGAGCACGUACACGGCCGGCAGACAUCCGUUCUAUCGCAACUAGCGUCCCCCCCACUCGAGUCAAACAUUACUUACCGCUAAUCGUGUUAAUUGCGGCCGCGUUAAUUAAUUGCACGCCGACAGCAUCACCUCACCUCAUCAUUCAUGCUCAUCGCCAAAGUUAUUCAUUCAUCACACAUCACAGAUUUUAUUUUAGAUACGAUACACACACUGGUGCAGUUGUACAUUUUAAUCAUAAUAACAUUUCGGCUCAAUUUUACUCCGAAUACAAUACUAUUACUGUAUAUAAAUAUAUAAAUAUAUUAUGCAAACGUUACGAGGAGUUUUAACACGUGACUUGAUGAAAAGAAGAAAAAACGAUAUAAGUUAUUUUUUAUACGUAUAUAAAUUAUGUAUUGUUAAGUUAUCCUAGUUAUAUGAUAAGUAUUAUAUUAAACUGAACUGUUAAAAAAUUA